CCUAAUUUCUCCUAUCGAUUCGUGCGAGCCGAUCUCUACAUCUCAUUCAUUCAAUCUCUCUCGCUUGAGCUUUCAUCUGAUUUAAUUGAGCUGAAGAUGUCGGACCCUUUGAGUAUGUCUCUUGACGAUAUGGUGAAGAGGAGCAAGGCCGCUAAAAAGUCUGGUGGUAAAGGAGUCUCCCGCGGUGGAUCUGGAGCUAAAGGUUUAACCGGAGGUGGAAGAGGAGCUGGUGGACCUGUUCGUAGAGGUCCUCUUGCUGUGAAGGCUAGGCCAUCAUCCUUUUCCAACAAGGCAAGCUCACGAAUCUGGGAUCUUCUCUCUGUAUGAUUGGAACCAAAUAACGAAGCAUAUUGAUUGAUAAGCGGGUUUCUUAAGUUUCUUGGAGAAGCACUUUUGAUUUUGCAUACGCCUAGAUGAUGACACACCUUUUAGCGUUCAAACCUUCCUCUGGUGGGACUAGCAGACUACAAAGGCUCUUCUAACAUGUAGUUUAUGGAGAGAGUUUUCUUAGAAAAGCCUCUUCCUAGUCUCUUAGUGGUCUGUAUGGCCAAAUAUGAUGAUUUCAACAUGCGUAGAUGAGCAGAAGUUUUUGGAUUCUUUUGUCACUCAUUGUACUUUAGGCGGGGGAGCUCUAUUAGUCCACCUAGGGUCAUCUCGAUUGGUGACUUUUGUGGUGGUAGGGGGGGGGAUUCAGCAAACUUAACUGUAAAUACUAUAUCUGUGAUGGCCUAUCCCUUUAAGUUGAGGAAUUUGCAACAUGCGUGAAGUUCAUGUUCAUGUUCUGCCUCUUGCUACGUCUGGGGUUUCUUUGGAGUCUGAUGGCGGUCUCAGUUUCUUGAUUCUCCAAGGACUAAGUUUUUGGCAUCAGAGACUGUGAUAGCACCAGUGAGAUUCGUAUGAAGUCGAUCAAAAUUUGCUUGUUUCACUAUUUCUUCGUGGAGCUAUUUUCUUUGACUGGUUUAGGACUUUCAGAUAAAAGGCUUAACCGCAGGAAGAAGAACUUGCCGUGGCAGAAUGGUUUGUUUGAAGAAAGCAUGAGAUCCGUUGGAGUAACCGGCAUAGAAGUUGGAACCACUGUUUAUGUUACCAACCUCGAUCAGGGAGUCACAAAUGAAGAUAUCAGGGAACUCUUUGGUGAGAUUGGAGAGAUGAAAAGAUAUGCAAUUCACUAUGACCAGAACGGGCGUCCAAAUGGCUCGGCAGAAGUUGUGUACAUGAGAAGAAGUGAUGCAUUUCAAGCUAUGAAGAGAUACAACAAUGUCCUGUUAGAUGGAAGGUCGAUGAAACUGGAGAUUCUGGGUGGAAACAAUGGGGUUGCUCCCCUUGCAGCUCGUGUUAAUGUAACCGGGUUGAACGGAAGAAUGAAGAGAACUGUUUCCAUUGGACAAGGAGUUAGAGGUGGGAGAGGAAGAGGAAGAAGUGCAGCUCCUUCUAUUAGACACCUUCCAAUUGGAAACCAACAAGGAGGUGGUGUGAGAAGUGGCCGAGGAGGGUUUCGUGGUAGAGGCCGAGGCCAAGCCGGUGGUGGAAGAGGGAAUAAAGGCGGCCGAGGCGGAAAGAAGGCGGUGGAGAAGUCGGCUGAAGAACUAGACAAGGAUCUCGAAACCUAUCACGCAGAAGCGAUGAACAUCUCUUAAGCAAACGCGAUGUCUCUGCAUCUUGAUGUGUGCUUUGUCCUUGUCUAAUGUUGUCUUUUUCUUUCUGGAUUACCCUCUUGCUAUAAUUUCUUUUAGGAUGCUCUGCUUUGGGUUGUUUUUUAUCGUCGCUUUUACAGUCACCUUGGUUAAAGUUUAAAUGAGAUUUAGGUGUAAAUUAAAA